AUGGCACCUUACGAACCCUAUCAUCCUCAGAAUCCUCCCCAGAGACAUAACUGUGGAUUUGGGAUGCCAAGGGGAUCUGCCCGAUUUAUAAACAGGCACAACAUGGUUGGCCCUCAAAUAGCAUUCUACCCCAGUCCAGGAAAGAGAUGCUAUCAGAGCUAUGACAAUUUCUCCUGCAGGUCCUGCUCGUACAGCCGUAGCCGCCGUCAGAUGCAGUGUGUGAACAAGGAAUGUCAGUAUGGGUUUGUACCAGGGAAUGGAGAGGAGCCUCAAGGACCAGAAGAAACUAUAACUUUCUAUGAAAUUGAAGGAGAGGAUGACCCUGCUUUUCCUACUUUACCAGUAAGAUAUGAACAAGGGAAACAGGAGAAAAUUCCAAAUCUGGACUUGUCUAAAACAGUCUUUCUGUCGGGUUGUGGAUAA